GAGACCGCUGACCCUAGACGAUGUUCUAUUGUUACAGUUCGGUCAAGCACCUCGGGAGGCUCUGGUACAGCGGACGAGAAUCACGCCGAUUGGCUUCGAAGCAUCCGUAGCUAUGGACGACAUUUUCGCCGCUAUUGCUAGAGACACAAUCAACUUCGGCCCAACGGAUGAUGUGAAAUGGCGAGACAUGUACACGCCCUUGUACCCUCCUGUUCCAGAGGACAUCAGCGUAUAUCGUGACCAGCGGUACGGCCCGGCAGAGAGGAAUCUGCUCGAUGUUUUUGUUCCGUCGGGCGAUGGAACAGAGAAGCCGGUGCUCGUCUACAUCCAUGGGGGCGGCUUCUUCUCUGGAGACAAGCAAUGGAAUGAAAGGGUCUACUCGAAUGUUGGAUACCAUUUCGCACAAAAGGAAACCAUUACCGUUGUGGCGAAUCAUCGGCUAGUUCCCGACGUUCAGUACCCCGGCGGCGCGGAUGAUAUGCAACUCAUCCGCCAGUGGGUGUUUGAUAACAUUUCAUCUCACAAGUUUGGCCGAGGGUCAACACAGAAAGUGUUCCUUUUUGGUCAUUCAUCGGGAGGCGCUCACCUCUGCAUGAACCUCUUCGCUGCAGGUGACAAGCAAAGGGCUCCACAGGAGCCUCUGUCUCCGCCAGUGGCCGGUCUGAUCCUCAUCGAUGUCCCGUUUUGGUAUGACCGACGAAAGCCUGUGCGUGCAAAGACACUGAGAAAUUAUUACGGGUCUGACGAAGAAGAUGUCUGGGGACCGAAGUCAGCCCUAGGCUUGUUCGAGAGCCUUCCAGACGAGUCGCCCGUUCUGUAAGCCUGUCCGCGCCACGAUAUUUUGAGCCUUCUUAUUGGGCUAACAACAUCUCAGGGACUCUAGAAGAUUCCCAAUAU